CUUGUCAUCUAUAAUUCGGCUAUGAUUCCCGGCAUCAAGGCCCUUCGGAUUGUGACUGUCUUGUGGUUCCAAUAGCGUUGCUAAAAUUGCUCUAAUCUGUUCCGUACACAACUCUCAUUUUCCCAAAUCUGGCUCAAAGCGGACCAGUUGCGAAGCAACGCAACCAGGCGAGCAUAGUUUACUACACCACUGCAUCUGGUACACGCGCGAAGUCCGCUGUGCACGCAGCUACUUGUUAUCAAAAGAUGAAGGAUGAAAGUGUUGAUACACGCCCAACGGGCAAAUACCGUGCUUACUUACCUGACCUGACGAGCGGAAAAUUCGAAGCGUUGCCGCAUCAUGACGCUCAUACGUGGGCAGACGAGUUCUACAAGAACCCCUUUGCGAAGAAGCUUACUGAGACGUGGCUGAAAUUAUGGGAAGAACCCUACAAAGGCCUGACUUCUGACGGAAACCUCGUCCCAAACUUGUACGAAUAUGAAGAUCAAGGUGUCCAAUCGGAGACCAUUGUCACGGCUGCGGAGCAAGCUCUUACGUUGUGCACCCCCGCUGAGUCAAAGGCAUUGACAUAUCCUGUCAAUGCUCGACAGUGGAGGAGCUGGUCGAAUCCAGAGAUAUAUAUCUCGAAGUACGGGCUUCGUUUGGACGAAGUUUCGGAGCAGCUUAGCGAUGCAAUCCUUGGAAUUAUCAAAGCUACCUUGUCACCUGCGGGAUAUGCCAAGCUAGUUAACGCGAUGCGAGCCAACCACUUCCUCGGACAACUGACCCAUGGUCCAAAAGUACUUAAUCAACGAUCUUACAACUUUAUCCUUUUCGGAGAGCCAUCCGCCGAUAAAGCUUGGGGAUGGAACUUCUGGGGCCACCAUGUUUGCAUGUGUGUUUAUCUGGACCGACGUUGGAUGAUGGCUGCACCCGUCUUCAUAGGGGCGGAACCCAACGAGAUUGAUGAGGGUAUAUGGGAGGGCACUACCAUGAUGCGUCCAGAAGAGCAGCUUGGGCUUGCUCUGAUGCAGAGUCUUCCUGAUUCCCUAAAGCGCACAGCGCAAGUGUACAAAGAUCCACGCAUGGAAGGUUGUGAGCCAGGGCGUUGGAACGAAGCUGAUCAGCGCCACUUAUGCGGUGCCUUCCAGGACAACCGCAUUGUUCCAUAUGAGGGUAUCCGGCUAACAGCGAUGUCUGAGUCACAGAUCUCGCUCGUGUUCUCUAUCUUGCGCGAAAUGCUCAUCUACCUACCCGAUACGGUUUGGGAGAAGAGAAAAGAGCAGAUACAAAAACAUCUCCAGGACACAUGGUUUAGCUGGGUCGGAGGCUACGGUGAUGAGGAUCCUUUUUACUACCGAAUUCAGAGUCCGGUAGUAGUUGUCGAGUUUGACCACCACUCUGGAGUUUUCUUGAAUAACAAGAAUCCGGAAAAGUAUCACAUUCACUCCAUCCAAAGAGCUCCCAAUGCUGGCGACUACGGCAACGCGUUGCGACCACGCGAAGCUAGACUGACGUAAUUUUUGGGUGAGCAGUAAAGAGGUGACGCUCUAUAACCCUAUUUUACAUCAGGGGGCCCGGAAACCAGAUUGAAAGUGUGUUAUUUUAUGUUCGAGAUAUAGAACUGUUUAGAAGCAUCAUCGCGUUCAAAUUCAAAUGCUCAGACUGUCU